GUUUACCUUUCUUUUCUUUUCCUUUCCAGGAGCUUUUUCCCACUCCAUGCACCAACUUUCACCCAAAACAAAUACCAUUUUCCUUAAUUUCACUAAUCAGCCCUUUUCUCAUCAAUAACCAAAUCUUAUUUUCAAUCAUCAUUUCAUGGUUAGUUUAUUUCAUUAAUUUCUUGUCUGUUUCUCAAGAAAAAAAAUGAUGAUGCACUUCUUUGUUCUCUACAUUUUCAUUAGAAAUAAGAAAUUGUGUUGCAAUUGUUAAGUCAGGCUUGGAUUUUUAGAUAUUAUCAAAAUAAUUCUUUAUUUUCUUUCUCGAGUUUAACAGAUUUUGGAUUAUCCGAAGCGUAAAUGGCAUAUAAAGUGGAUCAUGAAUAUGAUUAUUUAUUUAAAAUUGUAUUGAUCGGAGAUUCCGGCGUGGGAAAAUCCAAUAUUCUUUCAAGAUUUACGAGAAAUGAAUUUUGCUUGGAGUCUAAAUCUACCAUUGGUGUUGAAUUUGCAACAAGGACUCUUCGGGUAGAAGGGAAGACGGUUAAGGCACAGAUAUGGGACACGGCAGGUCAAGAAAGGUACCGAGCCAUUACCAGUGCUUACUAUAGAGGUGCAGUCGCGGCACUAUUGGUUUAUGACAUAACUAAAAGGCAAACUUUCGACGAUGUCCUGAGAUGGCUUCGUGAACUUCGAGACCAUGCCGACUCGAACAUUGUCAUUAUGAUGGCCGGGAACAAGUCCGACCUCAACCAUCUUAGAACCGUCUCGACGGAGGACGCCCAAGCCUUGGCCGAGAGCGAAGGUCUAUCGUUCAUGGAGACGUCGGCUUUGGAAGCCUACAACAUCGAGAAAGCAUUUCAGACGGUUUUGUUGGAUAUUUAUGAGAUAAUAAGGAAAAAGGCAUUGGCAGCACAGGAGGCAGGUGCCGGUACCGGUGUUCCUCAAGGCACCACCAUUAACGUCAACAACAUAUCGGAUAAUGGAACCAAGAAAGGUUGUUGUUCAACCUAGAAACUGCUUUCUUUAUUGUUUUUUUCUUCAGACAAGAGGUUUCAGAAAUGUUGCG